CAAACUAUCAACAAACUAUAAGAACCACACUUUCACUACAGUAUUUUCCCAUCCUCGAAAAACUCUCUUCUUCCUCUGAGUAAGAACUUUUGUACGGAUUAUUCCUUAAGAAGAACGAACGAUCUUCCACGAAGUACUGGAACAAUUCUGUAACUCAACUAUCAACUGAGAGAGAAAGUGUCAAAAGAUGACCACAUACAGAGCUCAUUGCUUAAUCUUGCCAUAUCCAAGCCAAGGUCACAUAAAUCCUAUGCUCCAAUUCUCCAAACGUUUACAAUCCAAAGGUGUCAAAAUCACAAUAGCAACCACAAAAUCCUUGUUGAAAACAAUGCAAGAAUUGACAACUUCGGUGUCAAUCGAGGCAAUCUCCGAUGGCUAUGAUGAUGGUGGUCGAGACCAAGCAGGAUCUUUCGUGGCCUACAGAACAAGAUUCAAAGAAGUUGGCUCGGAUACUCUGGCUCAGCUUAUUAAGAAGCUAGAAAAUUGUGGAUGCCCUGUGAAUUGCAUAGUUUAUGAUCCAUUCCUUCCUUGGACAGUUGAAGUUGCAAAGGAUUUUGGAUUAGUUAGUGCUGCUUUUUUCACACAAAAUUGUGCAGUGGAUAACAUUUAUUACCAGGUACAUAAAGGUGUCCUAAAACUUCCACCUACUCAAGUUGAUGAAGAAAUAUUAAUUCCUGGAUUUUCAAGUCCAAUUGAGAGUUCAGAUGUACCUAGCUUUGUUAUUAGACCUGAAGCAGCAAGAAUAAUUGAAAUGCUGGUGAAUCAAUUCUCAAAUCUUGACAAAGUGGAUUGGGUACUAAUCAACAGCUUCUAUGAGUUGGAGAAAGAGGUAAUUGAUUGGAUGUCCAAGAUUUAUCCAGUCAAGACAAUUGGACCGACAAUACCAUCCAUGCACCUUGACAAGAGGCUAACAGAUGACAAAGAGUAUGGCCUUAAUGUCUUCAAGCCAAUGACAAAUGAGUGCCUAAAUUGGUUAAAUCAUCAACCAAAUAGCUCAGUGGUGUAUGUAUCAUUUGGAAGUUUAGCCAAAUUAGAAGCUGAGCAAAUGGAAGAAUUGGCAUGGGGUUUAAUCAAUAGCAACAAGAACUUCUUGUGGGUAGUUAGAUCAACUGAAGAAUCCAAACUUCCUAAGAAUUUUUUAGACGAAUUAAAAUUACUAAGUGAGAAUAAAGGCCUAGUUGUUUCAUGGUGUCCACAAUUACAAGUUUUGGAACAUAAAUCAACAGGGUGUUUUCUGACUCACUGUGGAUGGAAUUCGACUUUGGAAGCGAUUGGUUUGGGAGUACCAAUGUUGACAAUGCCACAAUGGACAGAUCAACCAACAAAUGCAAAGCUUGUAAAGGAUGUUUGGGAAAUGGGAGUUAGAGCCAAGCAAGAUGAAAAAGGGAUAGUUAGAAGAGAAGUCAUUGAAGAAUGUAUAAAGUUAGUGAUGGAAGAAGAGAAAGGAAAAAUGAUUAAGGAAAAUGCACAGAAAUGGAAGGAAUUAGCUAGGAAAGCUAUGGAGGAAGGAGGAAGUUCGGACAAAAAUAUUGAAGAAUUUGUUUCCAAGUUGGUGACUAUUCCCUCGUUAGGAAACUGAUUUUGUAUUUUGCAAUUUCUUUUUCUGAUUGAAAUAGCAAAAUUUGGAGUGAAUAACUUAAAAGGCCAUUGAACUAUAGCAAAUGUCUCACUAAAGUCAUUUAUGUUUGUUUUGUAUCAAAAAUGUUAUUCAAGUUAGACUAGUUUACCUAUAAAGUCAUUAUAUCCAAAAAAUUAAAGAAAUAAUUACAUAACCCUCCCGCAAGUUUGAUUUUGUAA